GAGAUAGCGCACGUCUUCCGCUGGCACAGAGCCUUCGCGAAGCUCAAGACUCCCACAAAGGAGGUUGAUGCCCUCUCGCGCUACACGAACUUCACGCUAGGCCACGUGUGGGAGAAGUUUGACUGCCAGACGACACUCCUGACCAAAGAGGCGCGCUGCGACGUGCUGGGCCCCGAAGUCCGUGAAACUGAGUUCUGA